AUGGCAGGACUAGUCAGGCAUAAUGAUAGAUCUCUCUCAGUGACACCUCCAGCCUCAGAUCAAGGCUCUGAGCCGUCACCACCAACGUCCUUUUCCUCUGAUAAAGAGAACCAAAGCGCGCGCCACAUCCAACUGAAGAAGAGGAAAUCUGGCGGCCUAGCAGCCCCUCCAACGCCCAGCGCAUCAAAUAAGAAGAGGCGUGUAUCUGAACAGAUGCCGGAACAAUCACAGUCUACCCAUCAACGCCGAUUACGGGAAGUUGUAGAUACGGACUAUUAUGAUCCAGACCAGGAUCCAGAGGAGAGGAGGGCGGUUCGGAAAGGGCUGAGGGACCUGGCUUCAAAUUUAAAUGAAUCAAACGGGCUAAUGCAAACGGUAGAAAAGGCAAACGAUCUCUUCAAGAAAGUCAAGCAAACAUCCGAUGCGACUCUUGAUUCCCGCCUCCUUGUUACGGCGGCAGAUCUCUCCUACAAACGAACCGCACAUGCCUGUUUAGGAAACAAUGUAGCAGGUAUCGACGUUGACGAGUUUGUUUCGAAAUGUAUCUCGUAUAUGCAGAGGGAGACGACAUCGUCGCUACCUACCCCUACACAAAGCAAUCGCCGCAGCUCGGGUCACCUGUCACAGCGCGCGGCUGACAGUGAUGAUGAGGACGAACCCUUUAACUGGGACUAUCUCGGGCGACAUGCCUGUUUUCCAAACAACCUGAAACCAUCCAUUUCAGGAUUUCUUCUUGGCCCGCUAUCCGUACAAAAACGCGUUCGUCAAUUAACCCAACGAAGAGCACGAGAACGAAUAGAUCCGUCCCAGCUUAUACGGCCUAACGAUCUUAAAGCCACGGAUUUGGGGAAACAAGAAGAGGCUACUUUGACGACCAUGUGCACAAACAUAAGAAAAAGGUUGGUCGAGAUUCAACAAAUGAGGGAAGCGCAGGCUCGUGAAGAGCUAUCAAAUAUGGACGACGCCACUGAAGCUGAGGCCAUCGAAGUGAUGGGUAAACACGGAAUAUCCGAUAAUGGCGGGAUUCCCCUCUUUCAGUUCUGUAUCAACCCAAGGUCAUUUGGCCAGUCUGUCGAGAAUAUAUUUUAUGUCAGUUUCCUGGUCCGUGAUGGAAGUAUAGGAGUGUCCAUGGACAGAGACAAUCUACCCACAUUACUUCCUGCGGAGCCACUUCGUCCCUCAGAGGCUCGAGAACAAGGCAUUCAAAAACAUCAAGCAGUCUUUGGUCUAGACUUUGACACCUGGGCGCAACUUAUUGAGACAUUCGAUAUAAAAGACCCUUUAAUCCCACAUCGGGAUGAUGAGGAUAAACAUGCUCCUUCUACCGGCAGAUGGCAUGCAUAA